CGCAAGUGAACACGGAACGGUCCCGGGUUUCAGUCCCGUCUAGAGCACCCUUAGUAAGAGAUCCUUGAAGCAGUCCUGCCAGUGCGGACAGUAGUCAAGUAAUUUUCUCUCAUUUUCCUUCUUUGAUUUCCGUUUUGUUCUGGGUCUGAUGCAUCGAAGGUGAACAUGCCAGUGUCCUAUUAAGACGUCCUUUUCGGUAGUGGUUCGUUUACGUUUCCGUUCCUUGAUUUGUUUGGACCCUCACCUUUAAAGUACAGUUACUAGAUUGUUGCGAUCCAGCAACGUGAGUGGGCUCUGAAGUUCCAAAAGUACGCAUAGUGAGAAGUGAUUCCGUUUCCGGUUCCACUGAUUAGUACGACUGUCGCCAACCCAAGGUGAGUGUUGCGAGGGUGCGAAGAAAGUGCCGACCCGCGAGGAUUUGCAAGGUCCGUAACAAGAUCCCGACCUAACUUAAAGCAGAACUUCCCGCUCCUCGUCCGCCACGGAUUAGCAGCGAUUUUAAGAGGAUUUAGCGGAAUCUUCUAUAAGUCGUGUAUCUUUUUUUGUGCAGAGGUGAUCUCUCAAUCGAAACGGGAUCUGCCACCAUCCGUAGAAGCGAUUAUUGUUGAGUGUCCUUUUCUUGUUAUUGUUGUUGAUACUGAGCAGUGCGUGGGUGGGUGAUGGUGGAGCAGUGGAAAAAGUAGAGAAUAUUUUCCGUUAGCCGAAAAGGAGAGGCAGGAAAAGAAGCAGAAAUUAAGGAAUUUCGGGAAAAUUUCGUGUUGACGGGUGAAGUGUUUUUCCUUUGUCGGUACGUGCCGUGGAAUUUCUAAGUGCCCGGAACGUCUUAAUUUCAGUGCGUUAAGGAAAUAGGGCGGACCGAAUCGCGGAAGGAAGGCAAAAGUGGAGAGCGGAAAUCAACGUAUGGUUCCUUUGAUGUCGACAACAAGGAACGGAUUUUCGUGAAAAUAUACUUCAAUCUAAACGUAAAGCGUACAACGAAAGAAAAAUCAAUAGAAAUUUCCGCAUAGCAAAGAGUGAAAAUAUAACGAAUAUCGUCUCCUCUUUUCACGAAAAACCUGUACUGAAUAUCGUAUCGCCCACCGAAUUCCAUCGUAAAUCAUCACCAAUUCAAUAUACAUAAACGCAUCCACGUGCGUAAAUCUAUUCACCUGCGUCGUAUUCGAAUUAGUUUGGCGGAAAAUUGGUACACAUGUCGCCUAUUUGUACUGAAAUAUCAAUAGACAGAUUGGUUGCUUGUCGACGAGGUGCAAAUUAGAAAAGGACGCUAUCUUAUCAGCAAUUGGAGCGGAAAAAUUCCGAUCACUUUGAAGUAUCACUAGAACAGGCAAAAGCUGGGAGAGUUAAGUCCUGAAAAGAGGAUAAAUAGAAAUUUUUUUUCGGCCCCCUUUUCGGUCGCAACGAGGCUAAGGAUGCUUGCAAUAAUGCGAUUACAUAAACUUUUGUGGUGACGAUUAAUUGAUAUCCUUUGAACCAAGAACGGAGGACGAAGAACCGAGGCGUAAAGGAAGAUCACGUCCAUCGAUUUGAACAAGUAAAGGAGGAUACGAACACGUCAUAUAGCACGUAACCCGCUCAGAGAUAAUUACAAGUUCCAGGAUAUAAAUUAUUGGAAAAUGUCAUCCGCACUACGAACGCUCGUCACAAUUGUCGUCUGUUUCGCUUUCAGUGAAAUCAACGGCCUUCAACGGUUUGCAGAGCAGCCCGUGUACACAGAGGUUAAUCCCAACGAGGAUGCGAUACUAUCAUGCAAGGUUAUCGACAAACAAGGAUCCUGCUCGUGGCAGAAAGAUAAUAAGCCAGUUGGUAUCUACCCGAAAAAAUACGAGUGGGCAGCCAGUUCAAUGAUGAUCCACCAAAGUUUACAACCACCGCAUUAUGGGGGAGAUUGUUCACUGUGGAUACGUUCUGCCACUUUGGAUUUUGACGAUGGAUUCUGGGAAUGCCAAGUGACAGCCAGCGAUUUUACAACACAAGAUGCCUUGACCAGUCAACCGGUUAGAUUGGUAGUGAGAGUGACACCUCAACGACCUCGCCUGGAGCACGAAGGCGUCCAUGUCCCGCCAGGACAUAAUGUGACAGUGGAUUCUGGUGGAGUGGCGACCGUUAAAUGCAUUUCGCAUUACGGUAAUCCGCCAGCAACACUCAAGUGGUUUCUCGGAGGACGUGAGAUUCCAGCACUGGGGGCCCAGGUGAACGCCACGGAAGCGGACAACCCUCGCACAUGGUCAGCGACGUCGGUGGUUCAAGUGAAGGCAUCAAGAGAGCGACACGGUGAAAUGCUACAAUGUAUCGCGUUCCACGAGUCUUACGCCACAAAAUCGAUGUCCGUGGAAGCUCGCAUGGAUAUUAAGUAUGCACCGACCAUCCGGUUACUGGGCGCCCCACAAAUCGACCUCGAGGAAGGCAAGGACGUUCUUAUCUUGCGAUGCGAGGCGGACGCUAAUCCGCCUGCAAGCAUUGUUUGGAGGCGGUCAGGAAGGUCGGAAAUUGCCAGUUUACAGGAAUCCUUACAACUUCGUCCAGUUAGUCGAGGUGAUGCUGGUCUGUAUACAUGUCAAGCACAAAAUACCGUUGGAACUUCAGAGCAACUUUCUGUCGAAGUUGAUGUUAAGUAUCCGCCCAGAAUAAAUAUUGCCGGUCCAGACUUGCUAACGACUGCACCAUUAUAUAGUCCAGCUGCAUUCAUUUGCGAUGCUGAUGGGAAUCCACCACCGACGUUCAAAUGGUUUCAGAGGUUACCAACGGGAAGCAAACUGCUCGAACGGGGGAUGGAGAAGCGGCUCGUAAUCGACAAUGUAACUUACGACUACCAGGGCGAAUACGAAUGUCAUGCAACGAAUUAUAUAAAUGGCCAGGAAAGGACUGUCACAUCUUCACCGGUGUCGUUACAAGUAGUAGGUGCCCCGCAAGUUCUUCGAUUGCAUCCUGGUGCUCACUCAGUAUCGGUACGAAAAGGACAAACUGCCAGUCUUUCGCUUGUUGUCUGCGCCGACCCGAGACCACGUCACGUAGCCUGGGAAUGGGGGUCCUUGAGAUUGGAAGCUGGUGCAGGAAUCACUCGGUACCAUGCAGACGAAGUGCUGCAGGACUCGCGGGAGGAUUGCUACUUGAGUACUUUGCAUAUUAGAGAUGUCGACAUGCACGACGCCCGACCGUACUAUUUGGUGGUAGAAAACGAACGAGGCGUUGAUCGACAUGCGGUCCAUUUGAUUGUGGAGGGUACGUUUACAGAACCAUUGGAAAUGAGUUAUUUACUUGGAAUUGCCGGAGGAUGCAUUGCCGCUCUAUUGAUCCUGAUAUGUCUAUGCAUCUACGCAGUUCGAGCGAAAAAAUGUUGUUUUAAAGGUCGUUCUGGUUAUAAAUCAUCAGAUAAGGACAGUGAGAAGGCAGACUUGAAGUCCCGCUCGGAUAGCACCAGUGGCCCGCAGGGCGACUCCAUAUACACAACACCAGCCGGAUUCCAUCACAACCACCACCACGGUGGAGUCAUCCAAGGAUCACCGGAGGCAAUGAAGUCGACAACACACCUACUCCAGCCGUGGAAACAAUCCCAACACUCUUCACCACACCAAGAACAACAGUCACACAAGAAAAAGUCCCCAGGACUCAAAACCGGACACACACUCACAUACACAAUACCAUCGUCAGGUGAUCAAACAUACAGUGCUUCAGCAGGACUACUAGGAUCACAACGUCACCAACGGGAUCUUUUCUCCGGAGAUUUAGGUAUACCCGAGAUCACAACGCGCGUUGGAAGUGUUAUCCAUGCAUUCGAGACGAUGGCUAUGCUGCGAAAGAACGACGCUAACUUGGCACCUAUGUUGCGCAAGGACGACUCCUGCAAGUCACUGACAACAGGUGAGCGAAAUAAAUCCUACCGAGCAUCAAAAAUCAGCUUAGGAAGUAAGUAUAAUCAAAUGAAACGUAAAUCGACUGAGAGUCGUAAUAAAGUCGCCCUAGCUUCCACCUCAUCCCAUUCCUUGCCCGAUACCUUUUUCACCCUUCGUCCGCAGAACUACCCACUGCCGAUAGACGUUCCCGAUAGCAAAUCACAGUGUAACCCUUCCUUUUCGGUUGAUAUCAGACAAAACGUUAAAGUUGACCCCAAGCACGACACUCCACACCACAGUGUCCAAGAUGAUUAUCGGAAAAACCUGUUCGGAAGUCAAUCGUUGAAGAAGCGUCGUUCGAAAAUCCCUCUUCUCGGGGGUAGUUCCUACAAAUCAACCGCCGAAAAUGACGAUGACUUCAUAAAUAAAGCGUUUAACGGCAUUUUCGAUAACGUCGAUGAUGAGGACGACAAUGACGACGAUAAAAACAAUAAUAGGAGCGCGAUACCCUCAAAACUAAAUUUAAGACCGUCUCGUUCAUCAACACUAAACGAUAUUUUUGAAUUUACGAAAAAUAAGAAUCAAUCAUUAAGGAAAUCGCCAUCGUCAUCCUCAACCACCGCCAUUUUUCAUGCCGACGCCGUGAAGGACGCGGCCGCCAUUAGACACGUUGCAGACCAUCCGAGUCGUAGGGGUGACAAGUCAAAAUACGAUUUUAAUUAUCCAACGAGUCAACAAAAGCACCAACAAAUCAGCGAUAAUAAUGAUAAUUUCAUUCGUGGCUCAACACUUAGUCAAUCGUUUAUAAAAAAUGGCGGUGGUGACAGUUCGGUUCCUCCUAGUGGGACUAGGGAGGGUGCCCUUGGCGCCUGCAACUAUCGCUAUUUAGAGUCGAAUACAAGGUCAUCACCGUCCCAACCAUUAUCGGACCGUGAAGGCAAUACCAUAAUGAGCUCAAGCCAUCAGACGAGCGGUUUUACUAGUGGGAGCGGAAUGAGUCGCAAAACUCGGCACCCUCUUGCAAUGAUGGCCGUGAAUCAACAAAAACGCUCCAAGUCUUCCACCGAAAUUGUUGAUGAAUUAACGCGAAGAAAGAAUUUCAAACGAGCCACCAGUAAUAUACUAUUCAAGCCGCGAACAAUGGACCGCGCCGAGAUUUGAGAGUAAUAAGGAUAGCAUGUAUGAGAGAUGCAAGGGAUGGGGGUAGAGUUUAUGGGGGUAUACGGGAGAGUAGUGAAAAGCUAGGUGAGUAGGUUUGUACAUCCGAAUAACCAAUACGUAGAUCUUUUCAAAUAUGAAAUUAACCGAGGUUUUUUUUUUCGCUUGCAAUUGCGGAGAAGUGCAUCCGAAUGUCCAUAGAUUAGAAUGUCCUUAUUGAAAGCUUUGACUUAUCGUACAAACAAAGCAGCAAUAAUAGUUAACUACUCAACUUUCAAAAGUUUCUUGUAACCGUUUUUUUCGAAAACUAAUAUAAUAAAUCUCAAUGAUUGGAACCAAACUCAUUAUGGUCCUAAUUUAGGCCUACUGCCGCUUGGUUCCCUUUCGGGCGACUCAUUAUUGUUCGGAUAUCCAAUUGUAAUUUCAGAAGAAUUUUUCAAUAGCCGCGAGUCCUGGAGACAUUUUUCAUUUCCCUCAUUAAUCUGCACUUGAUUACAAUGAAGGAAAAAAAGGGGAGGGGGAGAAUACUAUACCCUUCCGUUUUGUCUAAUGUAUACCAAGAUGUCGUCUGGCUCUACAAUAAUGCUAGCUGGAAGUUGAUUGUUUUACAGCCACCAUAUCUCAUCGAUAGUUAAUUAGAGUUGGUAGACGUUACUUUUGGGAUAGCAUAAUGAAGGAGCACACAAUGAGGGUGUCCUGUUUCUCGAUUUUAAAAUGAAAUGAAUGAGUUAUUCCGUCCUUCACUUUCGGGGACGGUUAGAGAACCAUACUGAGUUAGAGAACCAUACAUGAAGUCGGUGAAGAAGUGGGACUCUGUCCUGUACCGAACGGAGCCAAGUCAAAGUGCAGUUUUUCCCAAUUAGAUGUAAAAGAUAGUAGCAAACAUGCAAAACUGAGUCUCUAACUGACGGACUUGACGCAGCAGGCACAAUUUUCUGGUGGACACAGGCCCGGAAGUCUAGGUCCUCUCCGUUGCUAGACAUAACAAAUUGUUCCAAAUCAACUAAAAUUAGGGGCAGCAAACUCAAUGUCCAUUACCAAAUAUGGCUACAGGCAACUAGACUUGAGUCUGCGCUUACACAGGAUCUUCUGGCGCUUUAUUUUAGCGGACAUCAACAUCUCCAUAUUAGGCGCAGAUUUCCCGUGUUACUAUGGGCUGGCGGUGGAUAUGCAGUAUAGGUGCCUAGUAGGCUUCAGUACCUCCUGUAAGUGAUCACUCUUUCUAUUAUUUUUAAGGACUAUGCCAAUCCACGGGAUCGCGCACUCCUUCAAAAAUACCGUAACGUAGUAACGCAGGACCGUAGUAACCGAAUGUUUUAUCUCCCAGCCAGUUAGCACACUGUUCAGUACCACAUCAAAACUGCUGGUUCCCACGUAUUGUGGUGCGUCCUUUCCCACACCAGAUGUUCACUGUUAUGGGAAGUGUCUGAGAAACUACUUAAGUAGUUGUAAACCUUCUGACAGUUGUUUGUCAUCUCAACUGCAGCUGGCCCCCAAGUCAAAUAACAAAUGGCAAUCUUAUGGAGAUCAAAGAUGGCUGAAUGCUCGGCGAUUCCAGCCGGUACCCAUUACUCUAAUCCAAGACUUUGCGCAUUAUUUAGCAAACUGUCGUUUUUUCACGACCUUAAAUCUGGCGCGGGUUACUAUCAGAUCCCUGUAGCCCCCGAAAAUAUUACAAAAACAGCAAUUUGCACAAUUUUCCGAUUCCACAAGGAUUACUUUUAGCCUGUGCAGCUCAGUAAAAACCUUCCAUGGGUUCAUCCACUCUGUACUAUGAAACUUUUGUUUCAUUUGCUUGAAUGACAUCUUGGCCGUAUUUUACAGCUGGAAUUUCUAUGCCACUCUAUCACCCCUAAUGGCGGACAACCUAACCUAGACAAGGCGCAGGCGAUCGUGAGCUUUCUGUUGCCUAAAAGUGAAAGACUCUAGAAGGUUACCUACUAUCGCUGUUUCUUGCCCCAAGCCGCUCAGCACCAAGUGCUACUUAAUGCUUUUCUGUCUGGUCCUAGAACAACAGAAUCGUAGAUUGUUGUGUGGCAGUAGCUGGUAGACGCUACUCUUUUGACAUUAUUUCGACAAGCCAUGUACGUCGAUGCCUCACACAAUGUAGUAGACGUUGGAUUUCAUCUCGAAGCAGUUGAUUUUUCGGCAGUUACUGCGACCCAGUUCACCAGAGCCUGCAGUGGACUCGAAAUACAAAUUCAAGAAUUUCCUUAUCUUCCGCUCACCUUCCUUCAUCUGCUGGAAGAUCUUCGAAAAGGAACAUAUGCCACAUAUAUACCGGGCGCUUUACCUAUGGUAGUGUUUCGCCCGGUAUAUGAUUCUCCUCACAGACAAGGGGCCGACUACUCUCUAGUAAGUAUUUCUGGUCGUCCAUGAACAGGAACACAUUGUAGGCCUUUUGCCAAACUUGGACGGCUGCAAAUAUUACCUCACUAUCAUUGAUCGGUUUACGCUAUAGCCUUAAGGCAAUACUUCUGACGCACAUUACAGCACAGUCAUGUGCUGGGGCCCUCCAUCAAGAGUGGAUUCCGCGGUAUGAUGAACGCGAAGAAUUUCCUGCCCAGUUGAGCUGGUGUGCGGGGAGAACGUACGACUCCCGGGCGACUUGAUCUACGCCAGGAGAAACGGUCUCUGAGAAGAGAGACCGGAUUGUUACGCAAAGCGAAGCCUCCAUUUCAUCACGCGAAGCAAGGGGUCAACACCCCUAAAGAACUCGAGGUCUGCUCCAACGUUCUGGUAAGGACUCAUGCCACCCGGAAGCCGCUGCAUAUGUUUAGACUGGACAUUGGAUGCGAGCUCAAAGCGGUCUCUUAAGACAGGCGGAAACCUUUCUUCCAGGGCGCACAUAGCACUGGUAGUAGGUGCGAGCGCCGCGCCAGUUUUGAUGUCCGUCAGUCGGCCGCUGAAACGAGCAGUUAUAUAAAGCGAGCCAAAAGUUCCUCAGGGAAAAUCAUUGAAAUGGGAUGACAACCCAUUCGGAACAGAUAAGAGAUCGGUUCCAGGGUUUCAAAAUUAGAAAAGAAUGCAUCCAAGAGGAUAAGGGUCGAUAUGGGCUGCAGCGCUAUUGCAGAACCAGCAGCUUCUUUAUGGAUGCCAAGUUACAUCCAAAGUGUAUCCAUGUCAGCGGUCUUCUCAAAGGUUUUAUUAGGCUGAGUUGGUGGGUAAUUCAUGAAUGUGUUUUCUACGUGUUAACAUCCGCUUGUUUUAAGCGAGGCGUGGUUCACUACAUCCUUGCAGGGCUUUCCAAGGGAGGAUGUUACAGUUGACUGUAAUGCUUUGAUGAUAGCUUGACUAUCAGUCGCAAUGGCUAUGUUUUUCUUGAGACGUAGGAUAUACCUCAAUGUUUGACAAGUUUCUAUAUCAACAGCGUCUACGUCUGGAGUUCGUCCGUAUGUCCUGGCAUAAUGGCAUGUACCAUAAUAAGCCCUAAACGGAGCCAAGGUCACGUUGUACAGCAAAGGAGGUAAGGUUCCUGAUCUUAUGGGACGUCCCCGUGUGGCAACUAUCCGUAUGGAUCUUUUGAUGUACGAUAUAUGCCUGAACCUCUUUUAGAUCUCUUACCACUAUCCGAGAAAAUCUACAUGUUGGGAAGCUUUUUAUCGCACGCCUAAUUUUUUCCUUUAUUAUCGCGAUCUUUCCCGUCUGCGGGAAAAUGCUUAUGUACUAGAAACUCCAGAGUUUUACCAGAAGUUUCCAUCCAGGAUCCCUACGAUUUCUAAAGUUGGAGGUGUUCCUAUGCUCUUUUGCCAGAAUAUUUCUAAAGCUCCCGCAAAUGGACAAGCAGUUAUGGUGGUUCUCUUAUACAUCUUUAGACAGUCCCUUAUAAGCGUCAAUGUUUACUCUUAUAGCAAGUAUUGAAGUCUGAAGUCGUCUUUCCGAGAUUGGAUGGAUCCUCAUUAAUAACAAUCUCCUUUUGGUGUAUUUUGCUGGAAUUGAGGCUCUAAGCAACCAAUUAUCCAGCCUCAUUCUUCUUUUGGAAGACACAGUUUUUGACUUGUGGGAAGUUUAGAGCUUAUAAUUAAUGAUUUUGAGGGUUGCCAUGGUGGAAAUAGUUCAAUGACGACCUCUCGAUCUCCUUACCCUGGGUUCGUAACCCAAACGUAUUGAAUGUGUGUGUUGACUGCUGCAGGAUAAUCUCUUGCACAUCAUUAGAUGUGAUGGUCUUAUUGAAACCUGCGACUGUCUACAUGCCCUACACCAUGAACUAGUAAACAUGAGAAAUACAACCUCCCUGGGGUGAACAUUAUGUAAAAAAAACAAGCCCAGAGUAAAUUUAUAGGGGUCUGCGGUGCAAAUCAUGUCGGCCUUCAUAUUAUCCUUUCUUUGCAUAAAAAUUUAUCUUUCGGGGCCGACGUGAAUCCCCGUUUUCACCUCCUCUCGUCAGGCCUGCCUGCGGUUUUAAGAGGAUCUCCACUUGGGGUGUCUAAAGUUUUCUACUCGAAAUUUUUCAUUAUCAGUUAUGAAAGUAUAUCCAAGCAAUCACAAUUUUUCUAGUCCAAAAAGUAAAAAGUUCACUUGUUACCUCCAGUGUUCUGCGCCAAGUGUGGACGAACCAGUAGUAGACUAUCCUGGCUCAGCGGAUUCUAUUGCAUGGAAUAAGGCUCAAUGGAUUCGUCCCUUUCGCCGCUUCUUUAUGUGUGGCCUAUCCAAUUUUAUGGGUAGCUGGAGCGUACGCCGGAAGAGCUCCUCUUUCGAAAUUGUCCAGAUUACCCCAAUUAGAGGACGUAGACAAGUAUUGACGAAGAGUUGGAACUAUCAAAUAAGAGCAGCGGACACUUACCAUGUGCUACUCUUAUACAAUAGCAUACAAAGAAUAGUCUCAAUUUGACUUUGGUGUUAAAGCCAAAUUUCCAAAUUUUGGGUAAGACAGCGAAAGCGGACUAGUGUUCUUAAGGCGUUGAAUAACAAUGAGUUCUUUACCGCUGUCAGCAAACACAAAACUUUCGAGAUAUGCAACGCCUUCAAUGGUCCGCCCGUUAAUGUAGAUAGGAAGGGUGCGAUGGCUAUUCAGACUGAGAACUUUGGUUUUUUUUUUUAUGUUUACCUUUAGUGCUGCCUCAUUCUCCAAACCAAGAAUUAUUUAGCGAACGUUCAUGACCCGGUGUGGAAGUGAAAAGAUAUCAUCAGCGUAUUCAAUGUGAUAGAUUUGAAAGAAAGAUGACAUGGUCGGUUACACCGCCAGGGGAUCCGAACUCCCCACAUUGCUCUGGAAGCUGUUUACCUAGGGGCCUAGGACCUAGGUUACACGAUAGGGCAGGGGGGCAAGCAAUUACCAACCUGUUCUCUGUCGAUUAAUCUUUUGAUAUGAUCCUUGAUACUUUCCGGGCUGAUUUUAGCUAUUAUCCUCGCGAAAGUAAGAAGCAUGCGAAUACUCCACCAACUUCCGCGCUCAAAAUGGGCGCCAUUUUUCGGAAUCUUAACAAUUCCCUUCUUCUACUUCCCAGCAAACACCUCAGAUUUCCAAGAUUUACAGAUGAAUGAAAGUACCAACUCUGCAGACACACCUGCGAUGAAGACUGCCAGGAAACUUCCAAACUGGCAGCUCUAUUUCGCUUGAGCGCAUUGAUGGCCCAGAAGACUUUACUUCUAUUUGGAGGAGCAGUUCAUAUUAACUAUUUCAACCAUAGAACGAGAAGGAAGGAAUCGUGGUGAAGUGCUCCCUCCAAAAAUUAAGUUGUUCGUCCUCGCGAAAAAGGAGCCAACCGAUAACAUCCCCAAAGGUGCAUCGAAGGAUUUAGCACUGCAUGGCGUAGCGUCCCUUCUUAACGAGUAGCUGGUCUGUACCCCGACAAAAUUCUUCUUCUGAGGAAGAUUUGGAGCUUUUGAGCAACAUUCUCCUACACUGUCAAUAUGAUUUGACUGUUGAGAUAUUUGAAUUUUCAAAUUAAAGAUGAAGCAUCGAAGACAGAUCUGACACUGCUAAUACAACGGGUGACAUGAAUUUUCUGUUAAAAGAUUGAGAAGUCCACAAACACUUGAUAUUAGACCGGACCAAAUUGACAAUAACUUACUCUCAAUUUUGUGGUUCACGAACCCCUCUUUUUGAGCUUCGCAUCUAAACUUCAAAAGGAUGGAAAACCAAGAUGGCUAACGGAUUUGUCACCCCACGAUGUUUUCAUAAGGUCGACAUUGACGAUUUUCCUAUUACGCUUACCCAGACGACAGCUCCCAAAUUUACUGGUUAUCUAUGGCCCUUAUUGGCUAACAAUUUCAGGUCUCAGGCAGAGUGAAAUGUAACCCAACAUUACAUUUGAAACCAAUAAAUUUAAAUAUUUUCUCUAAAAGGGAGUAGAUGGGGUUCUAUUUGCACAUAUAGGAAUCGGGCAUAAUAGUUCUUUAAGGAGGCAGUGUAGUUAUUGUUUUAGUUCGCCUUCGAGUUCCUCUUCGCUUCCCUUUUUCUUCGAUGGAAUCUGAACUCCAUAAUUCGCGUUGGUUUAAAGAUUUAAAGCGGAAUAGAGAACAGAACUUUUAAUGUUUCUAAUCCGAAGCUCAAAUCUAAUUCGUAAAGUUAGCUAAGAGUGCUAAGACUCUCCUUCCACUCCUUCAGGAGGACUUAAAAUUUCAGCUUGUUUCCAGUUCUUAAGUAGUCAAUAUACAUGAAACAGUGGAAAUAGCCUUGUGUCAAGUCUCUGGAGAAUUGUUUUGACUGGUAGCAGCUAGUUAUCCUUUCAAAUACCUUGGCAUAAGGAAGUGAUGCUACCGAUCGGAACACACCUAGCGGGGAUAUAAUUUUGUACAGCUGCACUUCGAUGUCUGUCUGUAGCCUCAAUUGAGUUUCUCCAUAUAUUAGGCGAUGACGACUUUAUGGUUUCUUACCAGGACAGAGGCAAAUCGUCAGACGCUGCCUAUCCUCUGCCCUGGGAGUGGCGUGACCGAAGCGGCUCGCAGAUGUUAAGUGCUCCUUUAUAUAAUCUGCAGAACACAACAUGACUACGAAUAAUAUUGAGGUAAAUUCGCCCAUACUUUAGACCAAACCUUCGCAUCCACUUGAUGUCGGACCGGACCAAAUGGGGAGCAACUUGCUCCCUCUUUUUUUUGUCCACGGACCCCUCGUUUAGGUCUUAGCACCCAAAUUUUAAAAAUAUUAGGCGAUACUUUCAAUUCAAGUUGCAACCAGUUAUCAGUUACUACUUCCUAAUUUGAAGAUUGCCUUUCAUCCCCAACGUACGCUCUCGAAUAAUAAUCUUCCUUAUUAGCAGUUAUGGACGCAUCUCCAGAUUUGAAAUAGAUACUCUCACUUUUGUCUUUUUUGAAUCCAUUACGACUUCCUACUCACCUAGCCUCACUACAUUACAUCCCCUAAAACGCGCAUCCUCAUCAUCCUGAAUGGACCAAUUAGACAUAAAGGUGACAAGAAAUUUUUGAAAGAUAACGAUAAUCAUCACGCAACGCUAUUGUCCUUGUUUACUCCCAAAUAUACAGUGCAGGUUUGGGUGUGUGUAGCUAAUCUGACAAUAUCCUGAUGAAUUAUUUAUGUGUACAAUUUUCAUUAUAAUGUGCCAUUUAAAAUCCGCUAUAUCGUCGCCAUCAAUGUCAUUGUCGUCAUCACGCGAUAAAGGAAUAAAAAAAAAAACGCAGAAUCAAGAAAGCGGUGGAGGAACAAAGCUAGGAAAAUGAAGACAUUGUGGUGAAUAAUUUAUAGUUAAAAUGUCAUUAGGGAAAUUAUAUAGCAUUUUAUUUUCAUAAUAAAUCUCAUCGUUUCAUGUACUUUAGACGAUUUGUGUUGCCUUUAAAAUUAUUCUAUUUAUCAUUGUCCGUGUUUGAUGGUCUGGAAUUAUCUAUAAUUAGACAGUUUUGAUGUUUAUGCUUGCCUAUUGCGGUGGAAGACUAUGAAAGGAUCUGACGUUAAUUAAAUCAUUUCAGUGCGAAUUUUAGACAUAUCUGAACUUCAUUAUCGAUAUUGCCAAGAAGGCGCAAUUGUGAACUGAGUCGGCGCUUUCUAUAGUGAAGAAUUUGGUUCGUAAUGACUUUUCAUAAAACAGCAAUCUAUAGCACUGUUAAGAUAAAUGGUACUAAUGACAUCGAGUAAGUGCUAAUUCAUUUUAAGGCUCCUAGUUCAAUCCGAUGACUUCCUUGGUUUGAAUAGUUAUAUACCAAAAUUUAAAGCUAGGCGUCUUGAAAAGAUUACCCAAAAUAAGAAUGAAGUCAUCAUUUGCUAAUUUUCCUUAAGAAUGAACAAUUUUGAAGUCAAUAUUAAAAACUACCCACUCAAAGAUUGUCCUUAAUUUUUCGCAUUCUAUUCUUGGAAUGUGAAGGCUUAUGGCAGUCCCUCGGAAGUUUCGCAAAUUAGCAUAGCUCAUGAUUAAAUUUCAACAUCUUAGUAAAGUGUCCAGGCUCUCCAGGUCCAAAAUUAACACUCCUUACAUGUCGUAGUCACUGAGGUAAUGAGUUUCUCCUUUGCCUUUUUUUCUCGUACAGGAAGGUGCGAAAAUCCAGCGAGUGUGGAAUUCGCACCUGCUAAAUGCCACUCUCCCUUAAAGUCCGAACCGGUUGGUCACGGGUUCCUGGCUGUUUGAACCAGUUCUUGUUCGACCACAACAUCUACGCAACUAUGCCCUGCAGGCUUACGCUCGCUCCGAUCACCUGGCUCAGAUUCCUUCUUUGGACCGCGAAUCUUGGGUAGUGAAACAAUAUAAGCUCUGGAUGCUCCGCAAUGCCACCGCAUCCAGGGCAAUCUAGUUAAAACGAUGUAGGUACUCUCAGAAUUGAGUAACAUCGGGAUAAGCCUAUGCAUCCAAUGAGUCUUCGAAAACUCGUUUCGUCUCUGACCUUGCCGCAGUUCUAUACGUCUUGUAUGGAACAAUACACUCAUUUCUCGCAUUGUAACCCCACAUGCAAUUAUGUAAACCAGCAUCAGUGUGUCUCAUCUGAUGUACACAUAGUUCCAAAAGCCUCAGAAGCAUCCGAAACCGAACUCACUUGCUACCGUCUUUACGAAUUUGAAACCAUCUCCGUCCACACAAGCGACGCGUAGAACAGAAUGGACAGCUUCAAGCCGGCUAAAACCCUUACCGCCCCCAGCCAGAGGCAGCCUCUGCACAUGCAAACCCUAAUCGUUCCAUAAAAUUCAACCAACUUGAAAAGUUAUCUGACAACCAGGGAAGGGAGGACCGUAUGUCCACCGACUUGCAACUUGACAGUGUUUCCUUUUCUACAGUUCAUUAUUUAAACUGUAGUCGGUUUCACAUUUGUCUAGAUCUCUUCGCUGUACUUAGCAAACGCAGUCAAGACAUUCUAGGUGGCAAUUGUAGCUUCCUCUGGGAUGAAAAGCACAACCACUCUAUUACGAAAGGCAUUUCAAAGGGGCAUCACCCGUUACACACAUAGGGAAUUCUCUGCGAGAGAUUAUUCUUGACCACUCGCCAAUCCCAUUCCAGUUGAUGGAGUUGAAUGCGGUAUUAUCAUCUCAUACCAAGUUCGCUACCCUGUUUAAUGCAUUCACCGAUCCUCCCACAUACUUGCCGCAUUUCCCCCACGGAAACUGGAGGCAUCAUGCACUCCAAGGGCGUUAUGCCGAGAUCCUCGCACAGCUCUUUGAUUCAGUUUUCCUUCUUUCUUUCAGUUUUUUUAUGUGACCCAGCAGCUGCCCGUGUGCUUUGUAUCUAUUUUCACUACCCGGUAUUCCUCUGUGUCUUCAGCAAAAUCUACUUGAAAAUGUGGAGCCCACGAAAUUGUGAUUUCAUUGUUUAACUAAGGAUUGGGUUGUCUACUAGGGAGCAUGACAUGCUUCUGUGGCCUUUCGCGUAACAUGGCCUUAAUAUAUAUACCUAUCGGGCUCACGUCACGGAAAAUAUGUCCUCCUUUGAUAGUUCCGCCGUCCAUAAGAAAAGCCCACUCGCAUUUUGCAAGAGUUUUCUUUUGGAGCUGAAUUGAUCUCCUGCGUGACUUCGAUGUAAUUUGUCCGGUGGUCACUGAGUGUACAAUCCUCACUAACAUACCUGAAAACUCUGCUAAAUAAAGCGUCACUCACAAAUGCCAGGUCCACUGUAUACCGCAAGCUCCUUCUUCUGAGUUCGCGGGCACGAAUUCUUGAAGCAAGACAUAUUCCUUCACAUUCGUUGUAAAGCUGUCCCCCUUAAGAGUCCACAUGUUGAAAUUCCCUGCAAUGAUCUUGGCCCACCCCUUCUCGCAUCCAGAAUCAGAGCGCUCAGCAUUAGUUUAUAUUCGACAGGCGUAAUUUUAGCAGCAUAUAGGUUCUCAUAAAUUGUUCUUCCCAAUGCUCCAUUAUUUCCUGACCGGCAUGUUCUCCGCAAUCCCACUGCACUGAUGCCCGCUUUUCCCUAGUUCUAGUAAGAACGUGUGUGUAAAGCUUCCAUUUUGGCCACCAGCGUUUCGGUAAUGUUCCGUUUGACAGCUCCUGGAAGAGUCCUGUCAGUUUGUAGUGCCCAUACAUGGUAUUUUGGAUCAGCCAACCUAGCACACUUGCGAGCGACUAAGCGAUCCUGCUGGCCUUCGAAUUUGGUCACCCAUCCAUGUAACUCCCUGACUAUGCAAAUGGAUUGGAAACAGUAUUCGCAAGGAUUUCACCAAUUCCGGUUCCCGACAAACAUCAGUGGAGGACUUGUGCUGUCGUUAAAUCCGACUACCAUUCGCUUCUGGAGAUGAAUGCCAAAUAAUUGGUCUAGAAAUUAAUCGAGGAGAGCGUCCUGCAAACUUGGGCAACUAGCUUCCGCAAUGGACUGUCGAUAUACAUAUAAUGUCAUUCGGCAGUGAAGAGCAUAUAGGUUUUCUCAAACUGCAAAGAAAAGUUUCCUUUCAGAGGCGAAUGUGUAUAGUGUGAAUCAAAAAAAUUGUUGCUGAACCGCCUCAUCAUUGGAGAUCCCUAGAUGACAUCGGAGCAAGGAGUCAUUCCAUCGCUCUCAGGUUCUUGAGAGUGAACGAUUGCUGUUCUUCUUUUGAUGAGUAAGCUUAUCCUAGCUAUCAGCCCGGCAUGCAAAUAAGAAAUAGAAAGAAAUCCGGGCGCUACGCCAUGAGAUCCUUUCUUCAUUGAUUGUGAAUGUGAAAACUAACCUUAAAUAUGCUCAAUCUAAGAAGAGGCCGCAUCGACACACAUCUCCGCAGCCAAACGUUGUUUUGGGUUGAUGCCCCAGCCAUCGCGAUUUGUGUCUCCGUCGCUCUUGUUCUUUCUUUGUGUCUUAAUAGGCCAAUACUGAGGAAAACAAUUUCAAUCUUCAUAUCGGCUAAGUUGCAACAACAGAAGCCCAAUAGCUAGCUUAGUACUUCACCAAAGUUCCAGCUCUUCAUCCCGCGGCAGAAGUAAGAAUAUUAAAGUUUUCAAGUAAGCGGAAGAAGAGACUUUCAUUUCAAAUAAAGAAAGACAUCUGGCAAGUUGGGGCAAUUUCUAAUGACUUUGAAUGCCAUUUUUAAUAAUUUAAUGGAAAGUCGACUAGCCAAAAGCCCAUCUCAGUGAAACAAAGUCAAAUAAGAAGACAGAGUUGCCUCGGAAAUCUAAAGAAAUGGCGAAAUUGACAGUUAAGGUCCUCCCACAGCUAAUGAAGCUCCAUUGAAUUGUCUCAUCGACACUCUCCCUGGCCGAAGCAAAAAUUUUCUCCAGACUACAGGAUGGCCCUUAUGGGUUCCACAAUUAGUCGCUGCAUCUUACAUCACUUUGGCGGUUAAGCGUCAGAGUUUCCUCCUUUUCGUUUCCUACCAAAACUCUCCCAACUGAGGCAAGCGCUUUCAAUCGCGCGGGCUUAUUGCCUUUGGGUCAGGAACUAACAAGAAUGUGAUUUCAUCUAGACGAGCCCAUCGAUGGAACCAGUAAUCCUUCCAGUACAUUUAAUGCCGCAGUAGUUAAGUUUCCCUCUAGUGAACCGCUGCGGUCAAGGAGUACCGACAGCCGGAAGCCCACUUGCCCAAUUCAAAGCAUUGUUUCUUCUUUAGUUCUGGCAUUCAUUCUAUAUGUUUGUAAGUGUAGUUUAGACGGAGGAGGCAAAAAAUAGUAACCUUAAGGACCUGAUUGAUCCCUCGUAGAAAAAGAGACCCCUUUUAAAAGCUGAGUACUAACCAUUUCAAACACAUUUCGCUGGCCUAGCAGAUUCUACCGUCUAUAUUUUAAUCAUACCCAACACGAAGGAUAGUAGGUCAGCAUCGUUAUUAGUAAAGCUCCAUCUCAUUCUUGCCUGGAGUAGUAUCUAAUAUUAAUAACUUUUCCAGGAUACGCUUUCAGGCGGCAUCUUGAAAACCAAGAAAGAACUUAUCAAUUUAUGAGCUGUAGACAUCAUAAACAAAAGUCAUAACCUAAAUUAUUAUUGAGUGAUACAUUGGGCGGAAAUUCCAGAGCAUCAAACUAAGAUAGAUUAUUAGAUAUGCAAUUCAAACACAAAGUCUGCUUUAUAUUGAAGCCAAAGUUCAGGGUUUUAUCAUUUCUAUGAAACCCCAUAAACAAUUCCAAAUAUUUACGCCAAAGAUUUCCAAUCCCAUUUCCCUCUUUGAAUGAGAUUCCUCCCCUCCCCCCUUAAAAAUACAAUUGCUAGAUUGCCUUCAACCUUUUCUAUGUGAAAACCAUUCUAAUCCUGUUAAAAAAUCCAAAAAUCUUUUCUAUUGUUCAUCGUUAUCAUAAAAUAGUAACUAAUGUAUUUUAAUGUAAUAAUUUAUUAUUAAUGGAUGCUAUUAAUGUUUAAGAAAAAUCUCAAAGAUUAUUGUUUUGACUGAGAACUAAAACUUUAAAGCAUGAUAUUCAGUUGAAUGAAGCUCGAACGAAUUUAAUUUGAUUGAGCACAGUUUUUAUAAAAAGAAUCAUCUUCUUUGGAUAAAUUUUUAUAGUUUAUAUUAUCUGCAAAGUUCAGUAAAGAUUUUAAAUAUUUGAGAGUAUUUAUUAUUAGUUAAUUAUUUGAUCAAAUGAAUACUGAAAAAUGUGCUCGCAAGUAUAUAAUAAAAUAUGUAACAAUUAUUACAAAAAGCAUGUGUUCAUUCAAAUGAAUCUUUUUUAUUUUGACAAAACUAUUCAUAAAAGAUUAAUUUUGAUCUGUUACAUCAAACUGAAUAUUUACAAAAAUCAAGCUUAUUUAUUUAAAACGACUUUACAAAAGCAUUUUUUAUAACCAUAUAUUUUCUAAAGAAAGAAAACUCAAAUAAACAUAACUUAUGUGUAGUAAAUAUUGUUAUAUAAUUGUAUGGAUUAAUAACAAGACUUGAGAAUAAUAUAUAUUGUAUUGUAAAAGACAAAAGUUUUCAAAAUCAAAAGCAAAGAAUUUUUGGGAGUAUUUGCGGAAACUAAGAAAAAGAAAAACAGAAAAAAUAUAUACAAUAAAUAACUACGAAGAUAAUAAGAAUGAUUACAAAAUAGAAGAUCGGAGAAUAUUAAAAAAAAUAUUUG